AUGACUGUUACGCCCGAGGCCACCGAGACGCAGAGUCUGCUGGAGCGCCAGCCCACAGAGCACAGGGAGAGUCCACGGUCAUGGUCGACUCCGAGAAAGGCUGCCAUUCUAGGCGUGGUGUCUUUUGCUGUCUUCAACGAUGCCGUUGGAACUGGCAUCGUCAACCCAGGCGCAUCCCAAAUCGUCCGUGAAUUCCAGAUAACAAACCCCGCCGUCAUUCCGUUCCUCAUCUCCGUCCAUGUCAUCGGGAUGGCCAUCGGGCCCCUGAUCGUAUCCCCGGCAAGCGAACUAUGGGGCCGCUGUCCGCUCAUGCACAUCUCCAACAUCCUGCUCAUGGCUUCCCUGGCCAUGGGCGCGUUGAGUACUAAUAUAACGACACUCCUGGUCGCACGUGUGAUCACAGGAAUGGCGGGCUGCAUUCCGAUUGUCCUGGAAGGCGGGUUUAUCGCCGAUUUGGUCUCUGCAGAGAAACGAGGGAAGAUCAUAGCUAUCUGGGCUUUGGCACCGGUGUCGGUAUUGACUGACUGGUUAGGUCCGAUUGUCGCAGGUGAACUGACUCUUCGCCUUGGAUGGAGGUCUGCAUUCUGGGCCAUGUCCAUCGUGGCCGCCGUCCAAACACUCGUUGCCAUGUUCAUCCUCAGAGAGACCUCCGACCCCUCCGUCCUUCGAAAGUCCACCAAAUCAGAAGACUCUGGCUCGAACCGCUGGGGCGCAUUCGUGACAGCCUUCGCCCGGCCUGUUAAGCUCGCAACGCUGUCCCCGGUGGUCAUCCUCUCAGCCCUGAAGAUGAGCAUGGCGUACGUCAUAUUCUACAUCCUCAUGUCCGACCUGCCCAUUCUAUUCGGCGACAAAUACGACUUCGACUCCUCCCAGAUCGGAUACUGCUACAUCAGUCCCACCAUCGGCGCUGUAUUCGGAUUCACCAUUCUCGGCGGCCUGGCCGAUCGCGUCUUCCAAAAACGCACCGUCAAACGAGGCAUGAGCAAGCCCCAAGACCGUCUAGCCAUCAUGAGCUUCGAAGUCCUCCUCAUCGCCGUUGGAAUCCUCGCGUACGGCUGGUCCGCACAAGCCAAGAUGCACUGGAUAAUCCCUCUCCUCGGCGCAAAUCUCACCAUGGUCGGAUCGUCCGGAGUCGUCGUCUCCCUCCAGCAAUAUCUCACGGAUUACUUUGGCCCGCACGUCCCCGGGGCCAUUGCAGUGUGCACGGUUCUGCGAAGUGUCCUGGGUUCAGUCCUACCUUCCACCAUCCCGGCGUUGUUUGACAGACUAGGCUAUGGAUGGGGAAGCAGUGUCCUUGCUGCUGCCGUUCUGCUUUUCUGUCCUAUCACCUCUCUCCUUAAUCGCUUCGAGGGGUACUAUGAGAAUGCCCAGAUGUAUUAA